AUGCUUUUCUUUUCCAUCAGAAAGCGUAUAACAGAUGGUUGCUCUCCAACGAAAUCUCUUGAUGAAGCUUAUUACAAACUACUUGGAAAACUAGAAUAUCACGAGUAUAAUAGAAAGACUAUUGACAAAAUGGAUUUAGACGGUAUUCGGAUCAAGAUAGAUUUGAUACAAAUGAUGAUCGAGCCUCUGACAAAAGAGAAAUUGUCUUUGUCAAAUUUACCGCGCUCAAAUAAACAUAUCAGUUUAAUAGCAAAGUAUUUGGAAGUAAAUACCUUUUCUAUUUCGCAACAAGAAGUGAACGAUAUUAGUUUGGAAAUAAAUCGCUUGCACAGAUGGAUCCAACUAGAAAGACUCCAACAUCAGUCCUUUCUGAAUGAUUCGAUCAAAACUAAGGUAGAAGACAUCGUUAAUGCUUUGAAUAAAUACUGCAGGUAUGAUGAAACUCAAGAUGGUCUCAUUAAAACAUCUUUGGAAGAGUUGAAGGAAUUAACAUCUUCUGCAAUUACCCUUUCCGAAACUGAGAAAAAAUACAUCAUAAAAGCUGUUGGAUUAUCCCGCGGACAUUGGUACAAAUGUUCGAAUGGACAUCCCUAUGCGAUUGGAGAAUGCGGAGGAGCCAUGGAAAUUUCCAAUUUAAGUGAUCAGAUUAAUAUAGUAAAGAAAAAACAGAACCGAAGAUUAAGUAAAAAUCCAAAUAUUGUUUCUAAAAAUCAAGAACUUGAAGACCUCAAACAAGAGAUUGAAAAACUAAAACUAAAAGGAGCAUCUCAAGAUGACGUCAACAAAAAAAUUGAAGAGCUCAAAUUAAAAACAGAAGAUUUGAAUAAAUUAAGCCGAGAAUUAGAAGAAGCUAUCAUUGAAAUAACUAUUGAUGAUUUAAAAGAACUAACAAAUCGAAUAAUUAAUCUAGAAAACAAUCAAACUACCUUUAUUAAUAAAAUACGAAAUUUAGAAAGACUUAAUAAGAAUAGUCUGAAAAAAUUAACACAAUUAGAUAUUGUUAAACUUAAUAAACAAAUUGAAGAACUUAAAAAAUCCGGGGCCCCUACUAAUCAAAUAGAUAAGAAAAUUAAAGAAUUGGAGCAAUUAAACACAUAUUUAAAGAAUAUUAUAACAGAUAUUACAGAUAAUGAUUUAACAGAAUUAGACGAACGAGUUGAACACAUUGAGGUUAAUAUGAAAGCUGUCAAAAACAAAUUAAGUGGACUUAACAUAACACCAACAUAUAUUUCUGUGAGGGGUAGAAUUGUAAAAGCUCUUGAUGCAGUAGACGAUUAUGAUUUAGUAACGAAAAGACAACUAGCUGAAUUAGAAAGAAGAUUAAAAAAUACAACAAAUUAA